CAAUCAGUGCAUGCCGUGUGGCAAGAUCAGGACUUGAUUCUGUUCCUCAUUCACCCAUAUCUUAAGGAUCCUCCGAGAGAAGAUUGGCGAAUCAUGGCCGAACCCGAGCGAAAAGGAACCUUCAAAGUGGAACGUCUCAAAGAAAUUGAAAAGGACAUCCAAGACCGUUGGGAAAGUGAGAAGAUCUUCGAGGAGGAUGCUCCCGCCCAAGCUCAAUCAAAGGAGACCUACUUGGCCACAUUUCCGUUCCCUUACAUGAACGGCAAGCUUCAUCUCGGGCACACCUUCACCCUUUCCAAGGCUGAGUUCGCCGUGGGCUACCAACGUCUCCAAGGCAAGCAAUGCUUGUUUCCUUUCGGUUUCCAUUGCACGGGCAUGCCCAUAAAGGCAUGUGCCGACAAAUUGAAGCGGGAGAUGGAGGACUUUGGGAAUCCACCCGUUUUUCCGGAGCAUGAAGAGGCUGUGGUGGAGGAGAAAUCAGAUGAGCCCGUCAUCAAGGAUAAGUCGAAGGGCAAGAAGAGCAAGGCAAUGGCUAAGGCAGGGACGGCCAAGUAUCAGUGGCAGAUUAUGCAGAGUUUGGGGUUGGCUGAUGAUGAUAUCCGGAAUUUUGCUGAAGCCGAUUACUGGCUGGAUUACUUUCCCCCCAUGGCGGUGUCGGACUUGAAAGCCAUGGGACUGCACGUGGAUUGGCGGCGGAGCUUCAUCACGACUGAUGUGAAUCCGUUCUUUGAUUCGUUUGUGCGUUGGCAGUUUAUCCGAUUGAAAGAGAGGGAAAAGGUCAAGUUUGGCAAGCGAUACACCAUCUACUCGCCCCAAGAUGGUCAACCCUGUAUGGACCAUGAUCGGAGCUCAGGUGAAGGUGUUGGACCGCAAGAGUACACUUUGGUCAAGAUGAAAGCCAUUGAGCCCCUGCCGGAAAAGUUGCAAUGCUUCACUGGCACGCCUGUUUUCCUCGUGGCAGCCACACUUCGACCGGAAACCAUGUAUGGUCAGACCAAUUGUUGGGUCCGCCCCGAAAUGAAGUACAUCGCCUUCCGGGUGACUAAAACCCAACAACAAUGCGGCGAGAUCUACGUGAGUACGGCCCGGGCUGCCCGAAACAUGGCGUAUCAAGGCUUCACGGAAAAGGACGGCGUGGUGGAUGUUUUGUUGGAAUUGACCGGACAAGAGAUCAUGGGCAUGCCAUUGAAAGCUCCCAUGUCCGAGUAUGAGAAGAUUUACACCCUUCCCAUGCUCACUAUCAAGGAGGACAAAGGUACGGGGAUAGUCACGAGUGUUCCCUCCGACUCGCCAGAUGAUUUUGCCGCUCUCCGGGAUUUGAGGAACAAGCAGCCUUUCCGUGAGAAGUAUGGCAUCCAGGACGAUAUGGUCUUGCCUUUUGCUCCCGUGCCCAUCAUUGAAAUUCCGGAGUUUGGAAACUUAAGCGCUGAGAAAGUGUGCGACAUGCUCAAGAUUCAAAGCCAAAACGAUCGGGAUAAGCUGACCGAGGCCAAAGAGCUGGUCUAUCUAAAGGGUUUCUACGAAGGCAAAAUGCUCGUGGGUGAGUUCAAGGGCUUGACUGUUCAAGAAGCCAAACCUCUACUGAAGGAUGUCAUGCUGAACGCCAAUGAAGCCAUUCUUUACAUGGAGCCCGAGAAGCAAAUCAUAUCCAGGUCGGGAGAUGAGUGUGUUGUUGCUCUCUGUGACCAAUGGUACUUGAAUUAUGGCGAAACUGAAUGGCGAAAGAUUACCCAAGCUUGUUUAGAUAACGUGGAAUGCUUUCACGACGAAGUUCGCAAGAACUUUCAUUCCACUCUCGAUUGGCUGAAGGAACACGCUUGUUCAAGGACCUAUGGUCUUGGCACAAGGUUACCUUGGGAUGAAUCUUGGUUGAUUGAAUCCCUUUCGGAUUCGACCAUUUAUCAUGCCUACUACACUGUGGCUCAUCUUCUCCAAGGUGGAACUUUCCGCGGCAACAAAGGCAAUGCUCUCGACAUUAAACCGGAAGACAUGACUCCUGAAGUGUGGGAUUACAUAUUCUUCAAGAAGUGUGCUCUUCCCAAGGACUCGAAAAUCUCCGAAGCUAAUUUGGUAAAAAUGAGGACUGAGUUCCAGCAUUUCUACCCGGUCAAUCUUCGCGUGUCUGGCAAAGAACUGGUACCCAAUCAAUUGACGUACUAUCUUUACAACCAUACGGCUAUUUGGCCGGAGAGCCCUGAACUUUGGCCCACUGGUAUUCGAGCCAAUGGUCAUCUCCUCCUUAACUCUGAAAAGAUGUCCAAGUCCACUGGUAAUUUCUUAACCCUCCGUCAGGCCAUCGAUACCUACUCUGCCGAUGGAAUGCGAUUGGCUUUGGCCGAUGCGGGUGAUUCAGUGGAAGAUGCCAAUUUUGAAGGUCCGAAUGCUGAGGCUGGAAUUCUGAGACUCUACACCUUCAUUGAGUGGGUUGACGAGAUGCUUAAAGGCGAGGCCACUCUUCGGUCCGAAGGUGCCAUGACCUUCCACGACAAGGUCUUCAGCAAUGAGAUGAGCAAGCAGGUUAACGCCACCCAAGCCUCAUAUGAUAAGCUGCUCUUCAAGGAAGCGUUGAGGAAUGCCUUUUUCGAAAUGCAACGAUCUCGUGAAAAGUACCGCGAGUUAAGCGGAUCAGAAGGCAUGAGGAAGGAUCUUAUCCAUCAGUUCAUCGAGUGGCAAUCCAUCAUCCUAUCACCGAUCUGUCCCCAUGUUACCGAUUAAAUUUGGACCAGACUCCUCGGCAAGAAAGAGUCAAUCCUCAGAUGUGAAUGGCCCAAGACGUCUGAGGUGGAUGAGAUCGUUAUCAAGUGCUCAGAGUAUCUCAUGUACGCAGCUCGCGAGUUUCGACUGAAGCACAAGAACUAUCUCCAACCCAUGAAAGCUAAAAAGGGAGGAAAAGCCCCACCUCCCCCGGAAAAGCCCACCCGCGCCACUGUUUAUAUCGCUAAAACUUACCCACCUUGGCAAUGUGCGGUUCUGUCAACUUUGAAGGAAAUGUACUCUCAGAGCAAGGACGGAAGUCCCCCGGAUAACAAGAGCAUCUCCCAAGCUUUGGGUAAGAAAGAAGAGCUCAAGAAGUGGAUGAAGAAAGUGAUGCCGUUUGUGGCGUUUACCAAAGAGCGUGUGGCAGAGCAGGGAAUUCAAGCCAUGGAUUUGACUCUUGAAUUCGAUGAGAAGACGGUCCUCGAGGAUAACAUGGAGUACCUGAAGAACAACCUCCAGCUGGAAGAAAUCGUUAUACAAUACUCCACCGAAGCGAAUGAGAAGACCCAAGAAGAAUGCCGCCCUGGUGUUCCAUUUAUCCAAUUCUAAUGUGGUUUUGAUGUGACGAUACCUGAGAGACAUGCCAUUCCCCCGUUCCAAACAGAAAUACAUGCACCCUUCUCACCCAA